AUGACAGGGUGUGAGGACUGUGCAAAAUGCCACCCAGGAGAAUGUACCACACAUGGUCCACUGAUUCGUGUAAAAGAUAAAGUUAUACCCAGCCACGCCAGGCUUACCAUACCACACUACUUAGCACUUAAAGAAAUAGAACUUAGAGCAGGCAAUCAACAAAUUUUAGGUAUUUAUGCCAGGAAAUUAAUUCAGAAAAGGACCCAAUUUGGUCCCUUCUUAGCGCCGAGGAUAGCGAAAUACGAAAGGAGAUAUGACAACACUAAGUUGCAAUUCAAGAUCUUCCAGAAUGGUAUGGAACCAUUAAUACUAGACACUUCCAGUGAAUCUUCUUGUAACUGGAUGAUGUUUGUCAGACCAGCUUCCAGUUUUGAAGACCAGAAUGUUGUAGCUUAUCAACAUAAAAAUGACAUUUACUUUACAACAAUUAAGCCUAUCCCUCCACACUGCGAAUUGAAAGUCUGGUAUGCAACUGAGUACUCUAGAUACAUGUGUAUAGAUACACUGGACAAAUCUUGCUGUGAUAUAAUUGUAGAACCAGUGUCAAUAUUACCAUCUCCUCCCCCUCCUCCUCCACCUCCUCUUCCGCUUCCACCGGUUACUACGUUAACAACACUGCCAACACUGUCACUUCCAAAGGAAAUAAAAGAGAUUCAGAUAUUCACUGACCUUUUCAGUUUGAUUUUUAUGUUGGAUUUGUGCAGAACCUCAACGGUGUGGAGACAAAUUCAACAACGUCAAAUGGCAGCUCAGAUCCGUGGAAGUGCUCCAACUGCAAUCACGUAUUCAGUACAUUUGCACUCUUAG